UGUGGCUGCUGAUCAGAGUUCACGAUCUCCCGUCUUCACAUUACUCGCACGAGCAUAAGACGACCAGGUCAGAGAACUUGCAUAACUGUAUCAUCCUGUGGUUGCCAGGUGGCAGGUCACGAGAAGGUGUAUCACACUCCAAAUCAACUCCUUUCGUCCAGCAUUUUUUUUUUUGAAAAAGAUAGCUUUAUUAGCUGAUACAUCCGUACGGGAAUUUAUCUUUAACCUAUACGUUACAUAGAAGCACAUAAACCACAAUCAAGAAACAGAAAUACACAAGACACAAAAUAAGAAAAAGUCUAACAAGACACGUUGCCACCACCGUGUGCUAAUCACGUUGCCAUCUUCCCAAGGAACCCUCCUUGCUCACCAAGACACGCCACCGUCUCCUCCUUCCAAAGCACACCACUAUAUAGUCUCCAACCAUGGCCGCCGAGCUCUCCCCGCCCCGGACGGCGAGGCCAUGGAGGAACCCCAGGAGGCUGACAUCCUGUGGCCCGACUCCGACGACCAUCGUGACGACAACGACACCAUCACCGACGACGGCGUGAUGGCAAGUACCGUGCCUUCAGUUCGUCCCAAGACCGCGCCGGUCGAGAUCUCUCGCCGGAAGCGGCGGUGUCGCUCCUGGCCGGUGUCGGAGAUCACCACGUUCAAUCAAAUAACCAACGGGAGCGACAACGAAGAAGACGGUUGCACUGACGAUGGAAAGAUAGCUACGAACGGAUUGAAGAUCGUGCCACCUCACGUUCUCGUUGCUCGGAGGAGGUUCGGAGGCAAGACGGCGGCGUACUCCAUGUGCGCCGGGAAAGGUCGGACGCUCAAAGGGCGGGACCUCCGGGAUGUCAGGAACCUCGUGCUCAAGAUGACCGGAUUCAUCGAGAAAUGAUCACCAUGGAUGCCUACCAUUGAUGAUCAUGUGCAUGAUGUUUAAUUAGUUGUGGAACCAGAAGUUUCAGUAAGACCAUAGCAAAAAUAGAAGUUGGAAUAACUGUUAUUUAGUUCAAAAAAAAAAACUGUUAUUUGGUUGAUUGGCUGUAACUUGCUAGCUUGUGGAGUAAUGUACACAACUAAGAAACAGAUAAAAGGGGGGAAUUCAAAUCACAAUUGGUGCUGAACUACAUUAAUAUU